GUUUGCCCGCGGAGCGCCGCGGGAAGAGCUGUUGCCAGACGCCGGCGGGCAGCGGCAGAGCGGCCCCGUGACCACAGCAGGGAGCCGGAGAAAACGUGGGACGUGAGGUUGCAGAAAACCUCCUUUCCGCUCAGCCCUGCCGCCCAGCGCUUGGGUCUGUGGCGGAAGAGAAGUCCAGCGCCGGCUCCUCCACCGCGCGGGUGCCGGCUCGGCAGGGGGAGCCUGGCCGGGGAGGCCUGCAGGAGUUGUCUGCGGGGAACGGAGCCGCCUCCAAUCUGCUGCUGCUUACAUACACUGGGACACAAAGCACGUGUGAAAGAUUUGGCAAGAUUGGUAAAAUAGCGCAAGAUUGAUAACUUUGAACAAGGGGAGAGAGAAAAUUCAUGCAACUUUUACCCCAGAUGGAAAACCUUCCAUUACUGGCCUGCGCCUUUAUGGAUGGGAGGAGAGUCAAACCCUUCAUUAGUCAACUAAGUGAGGCUGCCCAUGUGGGCUGUGCAUUGGGAUAGGCCGCUCUUUGUUGCCACGCUCUCUCCACAGUGGUGUGCACAAUGCUGCCUCUUGUUUGUCGUCAUGUCAGUGACAGUCAUGCCUUGAGUGGCGCCUGUAGCAGUCGAGUGUGUUGGGUGUGACAGCUGUUAAUUCACCAGAAGAAAUCCAGCGCUCCUGAGCGCGCCAUCCUGUUCAGCUGCUCUAGAUUACACCCUUAUAGACGUCUCUGGCAGUUUUACUGCUUACACUACAACAUGUCUUUGAAUAUCUUCUGUUUCUUCUCACUGCCACCUUUGUUUUUCCCUUUGCUGCCUAAGAAAACAAAUUCAGCAGGAAUUGUCUUAUUUCUUGCAUGUUUCAAUAAACGAGAACAUGCUACUCCAAAAGAAGUGGUCUGCUGUGCACAUCUGAAUCCACUGUCCAGAUUUCAGUGGAGACUUUCAUCUCUUGUCCUUUGCAGACUAGAUCAGUAAUGACUUCUUGAGAGGUUUUUCUUUUUUUGGUUUCUGAAGUUGGAGAAAAAUAUUUAGCAGGUGUGUUGUUUUGGUUUUUUUAAAUUCUGUUCUUUUCCGUGUGCAGUUCCAGGGCUAGUCUGACCACUGAUGUGGCAGUGAAAAACUAGUAUGGUCUCAGGGUGUGGGUGCCCCCUUCUGAAUUAGACAAUUGACCUUACUGAGAAAAGGAGAAGAAAUGAUGCUGAUGUGUAGGGACUGCUCUGGCUGCCCAUGACCUGCUGCAGGCGACAGAACCUUUUGGAACACCUGGGAGAAUGGGUCCUUCAUGACAAGCAUUUCAAACACUCAGUGACUUAUCUCCGGUAUCCUGGAGAAAAUGGUUUUCCCAGUAUCAGAUUGACUGACUGCUGCAUAUUGAUAGAUUUCAUAGACGUUAGGGCUGGAAGGGACCUUGGAAGAUCUUCAAGUCCAGCCCUAUACCCCAGGGGCAGGAAGUCAGCAGGGAUCAUAGGGUCCCAGCAAGAUAAACAUCCAUAUUUCUCUUGAAGGCGUUCAAAGUAGGUGCUUGAACCACCUCCGGCGGUAGUCUGUUCCAAACCUUGGGGGGGUCAGACAGUAAAGAAGUUCUUCCUUAUGUCCAGAUUUGUUUCUUAUAGAUUAGUGUUUUUUUUUCCUUUUCUACUCCCAAAACAGACCCUUGAUAGCAAGAUCAGCAUAACAUGUCAUUUGGAAACAUUUUGGAGUGCUUCUGUGAGAGAGGCUAUAGUAUAACAAUGCCAUCUGUCAGCUGGGUAUUGCAGAUGGAAACGAGCAUCAUCAAAGUCAGAGAGCAGCUAAGGGCAGGUGUAUGCCAGGCUGAAGGGUGUAUGCCAGGCUGAAGGGCUCUGUUUACCUAAAUUAGCCAUUUUUUAUGCAGACAGUUGGGAUUCCUUUGGAAGUCUCUUGAUUGAUAAUGGAGAAUUGAGAGAGCAAUAAAAGGCAGCUUUCAUGAACAUGCUGAGCCAAAGCUACAUAGGAAAACUUCUGCUCCAAAUUGAAGAAUGAGGACUGUGCUCACUGACAAAAAGCUUCUUUCUUGAUGCUUUCAGAACUUCUGUCACAUUUUGUCUGGGCUGAUUUCAUAGGUCAGAAACUUGAGAGUUCCCAUCUUCUCUCUUUACUGCAGGAGGCUUGUCCUCUCGUUAUUUAAACCUGGUAGUGUACAUGGCUGUGGGCCGAAGGCAGCAUGCUCUUUCCUUGCCUUGGUGGAGUUUGCAAACUAAGUAGAAAGACAGCACCAAAUGCACUCUGGACAACUUGGAGCAAAGUUCUGUCUUAAUAAUAUUUUUUGUUUUCUGGCUUGUUGAUGGACCUUGAAAAGGGAGAUGAAAAAGCAAGUGUGCCGAUCAAAUAAAAGUCCCUGGGUUUGUCUGACUUGUUCAAGUGUCCAUUGUGGAAGGUAUGUCAAUGGCCAUGCAAAGAAACAUUAUGAAGAUGCACAGAUUCCUUUAACCAACCAUAAGAAAACAGAAAAGCAAGAGAAAGUUCAGCACACUGUGUGUAUGGAUUGCAGUAGUUACAGCACAUACUGUUAUCGCUGUGAUGAUUUUGUAGUCAAUGAUACCAAGCUGGGCCUGGUACAGAAAGUCAGAGAACACCUGCAGAACCUGGAAAAUUCAGCUUUUACAGCAGACAGACAUAGGAAAAGAAAGCUCUUGGAAAACUCAUCUCUAAACAGCAAAUUAUUAAAAGUAAAUGGGAGCACCACUGCCCUUUGUGCCACAGGCCUCCGGAAUCUGGGGAACACAUGUUUCAUGAACGCAAUUCUCCAGUCUCUCAGUAACAUUCAGCAGUUUUGCUGCUACUUCAAGGAGUUGCCAGCUGUGGAAUUGCGGAAUGGGAAAACAGCAGGCAGGCGAACUUACCACACCAGGAGCCAAGGGGAUAACAACGUUUCAUUGGUGGAAGAGUUUAGGAAGACUCUCUGUGCCCUCUGGCAGGGCAGUCAAACAGCUUUUAGCCCAGAGUCUCUUUUUUAUGUCGUUUGGAAAAUUAUGCCAAAUUUUAGGGGGUACCAGCAACAGGAUGCCCAUGAAUUCAUGCGUUAUCUUUUGGACCAUCUACAUCUGGAACUCCAAGGUGGCUUCAAUGGUGUUUCCCGCUCAGUCAUCUUGCAAGAAAAUUCUGGUCUCUCUGCAAGCAACAAAUGUUGCAUAAAUGGAGCUUCUACAGUUGUCACAGCUAUAUUCGGCGGCAUUCUUCAAAAUGAAGUAAACUGCUUAAUAUGUGGGACUGAAUCUAGAAAGUUUGACCCAUUCCUAGACCUCUCACUAGAUAUUCCAAGUCAAUUCAGAAAUAAACGUACUAAGAACCAAGAAAAUGGACCAACGUGCACACUAAGGGAUUGUCUUCGCAGUUUUACAGACCUGGAAGAACUUGAUGAGACGGAGCUCUAUAUGUGCCACAAAUGUAAAAAGAAACAAAAGUCCACCAAAAAGUUCUGGAUUCAGAAACUACCAAAGGUGCUAUGCUUACACUUGAAACGAUUUCACUGGACAGCAUAUCUGAGGAACAAGGUGGAUACAUACGUAGAAUUUCCCCUUCGAGGUCUAGAUAUGAAAUGUUACUUGUUAGAGCCAGAAAACAGCGGCCCAGAAAGCUGCCUGUAUGAUCUUGCAGCAGUUGUUGUGCAUCAUGGUUCCGGUGUGGGCUCUGGACAUUAUACUGCAUAUGCAACUCAUGAAGGUCGCUGGUUCCACUUCAAUGACAGUACUGUAACUCUGACUGAUGAAGAGACCGUGGUAAAGGCAAAGGCCUACAUCCUCUUCUAUGUGGAGCGGCAGGCCAAAUCUGGAUCAGAUAAACUUUAAUACCUCCUUCUCAGCCUCACUUAUCAAGUCCACAGGACAAAACAUUUCCAAUUCUCCAUAAAUACUUGAUCCAAGACUUUUAAUUUCAUUGUGCACUUUUCAACUUCCUCUUGUGGGUUUUAGUUUUGUUGUGUCAAUGGUAGCAUUUGACUUAUUGAACUUGGACACAAACUAACUUUUUUAGUUAUACCAGAAAACCUCAGCAGAUAUUUUGAUUUGCUGCUUUAGUUGUGAUAACUCAAUUUUAUAUAUAGUUUCAUGAACUACUUUAGCUAUUUGACUUUUUAUAUUAAUGUUUUCAGUUCUCACUUUCUAAAGGCACAUUUACAUCAGAGACGCUUUCUAUCCUCCUUAGAAGGAAGAUAAAUGUGUUUCUGAUUACGAAGAGCAAUAGAACUCCAUGCUGCUCUCUCAGCUGUUAUGUAGACAAGGUUGAAUCUCUGUAAAUCAAGGAAUUGCUUGCACAUACUAUUUGCCCCAGUGUAAGAAACUUAAGUGACCUCUGAACAAUCAUUUUUUGCCUGCAGAAGAGGGGAGCUGUGGCAUCAUUAAAUAGCCCAGGUAAUUGCUGCUAUCCGUGUAUACAAGGCUGCUGUCUUUCAGGACUCAAUGUGUAUACUUAGUUGGGUGAGUUUUAUCUGUACUGCCGAUUUUAAUUCAAAUGUUUCUCGUCUGUACUUUUCCCCCUUUAUAAAAAGACAUUUAAAUUAUUAUCCUAAUCAUAUGUUUUUGUAAUUGUGUGGGGAUUUAAUUUUCAUUGCUUUAGAGACUUCUUAAUUUUAACCUGUACCCCAAAGUUUGAUACAAAUACUUGUUUUGAAAGUAGCAGGCCCAUUUUUCCUGAUCAGGACUGAACACACCCUCAUUCUUCCGGUUUGGUCUCAACAGAAUCCCUAUCCAGCUUGAUAAAAUCAGCAGGCUCUUUUUAGGACUGAAUUACCAGAAUGUUUGGAGAUGGCUUGCAAAAGGCACGCUAUACCUAGGUCAGACUCAGGUGGAAGAUGGGAGGGGAGAAGAGCAGUGGUACCACACACCAAGUACAGUUGGGACUCAGGAGGUUAUACCUGGCAUGCAAUUACUAACUCAGCAGUUGUUAGAGUCUUCUGAUGAAGGGGGAGCCAGGAUCCACUUUUGUAUGCUGAAAUGUAAACUGAACCCUGACAUACUCAUCCCCUUAAUUAGUUCAACUUUCAAUAGCACUGGGAGUGUGAGGAGUCCAGUUUGCAUCACUCUCCCUUAGUGAGACUUGGGGAAGAGAGUCCUGGUGGAUAGUAGAAGAGAAGCUUAUUAGGGUCUGUAUUCAGUGUAUACUGAAUAGUGAUUUUUGUAGGUUCCCCUCCCCCACUCUGAUUAUCAAUGCACACCACACUCUUGACUGAUGAGGGUUAAGGCUUAUUUCCUGCCAAGUCCAACCAACCAGAACCUCUUACUCAUGGUGAUUAAGUAUAACCAGACUUGUUUGUAAACACUUCAACGUUGAGUAGAAAUGUGCCCGCCCUUCCUGUAGCUCAGGGGUGGGCAAAAUGCAGCCCAGGGACUGGAUGCGGCCUGCCAGGACAUUCUAUCCGGCCUGCAGGGCCCCUAAAAUUUUUAGAAAAUUAAUAUUUAUCUGCCCUGGGCUGCCUGUCAUGCAGCCCUCAAUGGCUUGCCAAAACUCAGUAAGUGGCCCUCUGCCCAAAAUAAUUGCCCACCCCUGCUGUAGCUGAAUCUGAGGGAAACGUUAGGCAGCAGCAGGAUUCUCUGAAUGUGGAUAUAUAUGGCAUCUAUGUCUUGAAUCAAGAGGGGGUUUUCAGCUGCCUGUGUAUAAGACAUGGCCCUUUUCUGAUUGCUUUAUGAAUCCAGAACUGCCACAUUCACUGUUUAGGGAAAAAAAUUGGCAUUGUAUAAAGCAACAGAAGUGUUCAAUAUUGCUAAAUUGUAUAUGAAGAUGUAAACUGUAUCCCUACUGAACCUAAUGUGACUAGCAUUUGAUAUGUUAAGUGACAGAUAUACAAAGAUGUUGUUUUUGGUUUUGGGGUGUUUUUUUUAAGGUUGAACAAUAAAUAGAGCUGUUCAUUGCUUCAAGUUGUAGACAGCUUGUCAACUACUGUUUUCAGACUUUUGCAUCCAGAAUUAUGUUGUGUUCGGAAGAGGCAGCUCUUAUCACUUAAACACAAUAAAACAGUAAUUGGCAGACUCCAUCAGGACAAAAAAAAAGGUCCUUUAAAACAAUUUUAACUGUCAAUUUAAAAACAUAAUGUUGGGGUUGAGCAUAUGCUGCUUGGAUUCAAUUUGGAAUUUGAGCCAUGUCUAUAUGCUACUUGGAUUGCUCUAGAAAUUUAGGGUUUUUGCUUCAUUUCAAACCUCGUAGUAACCAAACUGGUCAGAGAAUUUAACUCUGCAAAUUUAGUUUCCCACAGUUCAGUGAUGUAAAUGUGCCUUUUUGUUUUUAUAGGAAUUUAAAUUUGUAAUAUUCAUCAACAUUAUUCACUUAUUUUAAAAGCAAUUCUGUUUGCCAUAGGACAUCAAUUUUCUUUUGUCCAGUUACUAUUCAUGCACAUUUCCCCUGUAACAUAAAUGAAUUGACAUAACCAGCAGCAUAUUCUGUUCAGGACGUGGUCCUAAGAACACUCAUGCCAUAUCUUGUUCUUGAAGCAGGCGCUGAUACAGAUUCAGCCAUACAUUUCUUUGGAACAAGCAGCUUCAUAAAUCCUUUCCUAAUUUAAUUCUCUCCCACUGCAAACACAGAUGGACAGUAUAAGCAGUUUGUUGUGGCAACACACGUAUUUCUCUUCCUGGUGGAGAACUUUGCUUAUACACUGUAUUCUAUUCAGUGUGUAGUGUCAAAAAUAACUGAGCACUGAACCAGUAACAUAUACUGCACCUGGCCUACUAUUAAAUUUUUAUCCUUACUUGUAUAGCCUAUAUUUAUCUACUGGCUUCUGGGAGGGGAGGGAUAUUUUAUUUCAUUUAAGCCAAGUUGGUUUCUUUUCUAAUCACUGCUGAUCUUCAUGUAUAUAACUGGCAGGGAUGUCCAGCUGGUGAGAGUGUUUUGCAAGCAACAAUUGCUUUCUGCAGUUCAGUCUUGCAUAUUUUUUCCCCUCAAACUUGCUCAGUAGAAGGUUGUCCUUGUAUUGUUCAUUGUUCUGCCAUGUAUACAACUGGAAAUUUAAUCUGUGAAACAGAACUGCAGCAUUCCCAAUCCAACACUCCUACUUCAGUGCAUUGGGUGGAGAGCUGCCCCAAGUGAUGCUCUAAGGCAGUUUCAGUAUGGGCUCCUUCUGCAAACUUGCUUAGAGGAUGCUUUUCCCAAAGAUCAUUGAUGUCAAUGGUAUAGGCUUGGAUUUGGAUCUAUCCAAGGCAGCUGGGGCUAAGUGGACUUAUCAAAGGCACAAGGCCAUCUGUAAGGAUUUUGUAAAGUGGAUGGAAAAUGUGAUGCUUGUGUUCAAGUUUCCCCAAGGAUGUUUCAUUACUGAUGUGUCUGUCUCACUGAUGAGGUAAUUGGCACCUUAAACUGAUUUCAAUGUGCUUUAGGAUACCCUCAAGUACUGUAGUGCCAUAGCUGUAAUUGUUUACCAUUAAAAUCUAGAGUGCAAGUUUCA